AUGGUUCAUAGCAACUUGUCUUACCUAAUUGUUUGUUUGGUCUCUACUCCAAGUGGUUCAGUUGUGGUCUCUACUCCAAGUGGUUCAGUAGUGGUCACUACUCCAAGUGGUUCAGUUGUGGUCACUACUCCAAGUGGUUCAGUUGUGGUCACUACUCCAAGUGGUUCAGUUGUGGUCACUACUCCAAGUGGUUCAGUUGUGGUCACUACUCCAAGUGGUUCAGUUGUGGUCUCUACUCCAAGUGGUUCAGUUGUGGUCACUACUCCAAGUGGUUCAGUUGUGGUCACUACUCCAAGUGGUUCAGUUGUGGUCUCUACUCCAAGUGGUUCAGUUGUGGUCACUACUCCAAGUGGUUCAGUAGUGGUCACUACUCCAAGUGGUUCAGUAGUGGUCACUACUCCAAGUGGUUCAGUUGUGGUCACUACUCCAAGUGGUUCAGUAGUGGUCACUACUCCAAGUGGUUCAGUUGUGGUCUCUACUCCAAGUGGUUCAGUUGUGGUCACUACUCCAAGUGGUUCAGUAGUGGUCACUACUCCAAGUGGUUCAGUUGUGGUCACUACUCCAAGUGGUUCAGUUGUGGUCUCUACUCCAAGUGGUUCAGUUGUGGUCACUACUCCAAGUGGUUCAGUUGUGGUCACUACUCCAAGAGGUUCAGUUGUGGUCACUACUCCAAGAGGUUCAGUUGUGGUCACUACUCCAAGAGGUUCAGUUGUGGUCACUACUCCAAGAGGUUCAGUUGUGGUCACUACUCCAAGUGGUUCAGUUGUGGUAUCCAACUGA